AUGCGAGCCACUCAGAGUAGGAAAAAGUCUUAUGCUGAUAAGAGGAGACGGCCACUUGAAUUUGAUGAAGGAGACCAUGUAUUUCUCCGGGUUACUCCAAUUACAGAUUACACGGAGAUAGCAGCGGCGUACAAGAUCGCUCUACCACCUCACCUAUCCAACUUGCAUAAUAUGUUUCACGUCUCACAGUUGAGGAAAUACAUUGCAAGUCCAUAUCAUGUUUUGGAGUCAGAUGAGGUGCAAGUACGCGAGGAUCUGACUAUGUCAAUUGGACCGGUUCGCAUAUUGGAUACUUGGGUCAAGCAACUGAGAGGCAAGGAGUUAAAGAUGGUGAAGGUACUCUAG